AUGUCCAGUGACGACCCCUGGUCGAACGCCGAAUUCGCCAUCGGAUUCAGUCGUCCCUUCCUCAAUUUUUUGGGCGUCUGGCCGUACAAUGAUUCGGAACACUCGAAGAUUCACAAGAUUUUUUCGGAUUUCCGAUUUUACUUCGUACUGAUGCUGUGUCUAAACAUCAUUCUGAUUCCGCAAACGACCAAAUUGUACUUCGCGGAAGGCGAUCUCGAUCUGAUCAUCGACAUCCUCUCGACCGCAGUCCUACCCAUUGCCGUGGCUUGCAUGAAGAUCGUCGCCAUGCGGUAUAAUUCCGAGGCUCUGAGUGAUCUACUCGACCAGAUCUACGCAGACUGGCAGCGAUCCGUAACCCGCCAACCCGAUCGAAUCCUUCAAAUGCUCUUGAACGCCCGAUCGGGCCGUCGGAUCGCCAUCCUCUGCAUCGGCGUCGCCUACUCGACCUCCGCCAUUUUUCUCGUCCUUCGCCUCGUGGUGAUGUCGCGCAAGCAGGAGCAGAGCUUCCUCAUGGAGUCGCACUUCCCCGCGGCCUGGAUGCUCUCGCCCUGGUUCGAGACGCUCUGGUUCCUCCAGGGCGUCACUACUUCCAGCAGCUGA